AUGAGCCUGCAGAAACGCGAGUCUCUACACCGGGAUCGCGUCGAAUUCGAGACUGCCGAAUUCCUGUACACGCGCAACCAGAUGUCUGCCGGGGACAUCAAUGUCUUAUUGGAUCUUUGGGCUGCAACCCUCCUGAAACAUAACGACAAGCCGCCGUUUGCAGACUGCCGUGAUUUACAUAAAACCAUUGACAGUACACCGGUGGGUGAUGUCAAAUGGCAGUCUUUCAGGGUCCAGUACACGGGGGAGAAGCCAGAACACAAUGUACCACUGUGGAUGGGUCAAUCUCACAACGUUUGGUAUCGAGAUCCCCAUGAGGUCGUUCAAAACAUGUUGGCAAACCCUGACUAUGCCAUGGAGAUGGCCUACCAGCCCUACAGUGAGUUCUCGACUGACAACGAUGAACGCCAAUGGCAGGACUUCAUGUCCGGUGACUGGGCCUGGAACCAAGCGGAUAUCAUUGCCAAAGAUCCGGAUACAACUGGCUCGACCUUUGUUCCGGUUAUACUCGGAAGCGACAAGACGACAGUUUCAGUGCCAACUGGCGCUAACGAUUACUAUCCACUGUAUGUAUCAAUCAGGAAUGUUCAUAAUAAUGUCCAGCAUGCACAUCGUGACGCUGUUGCCAUCAUUGGCUUCCUGGCUAUGCCAAAAACUACGAAGGAGCAUGCCUCUUGCCCAAAAUAUCGGAAAUAUCACUGGCAACUCUUUCAUUCCUCUAUCUCGAAGAUUCUUGAGAACCUAAGACCCGGCAUGACCAAACCAGAGGUUGUGCGCUUUGGUGACGGGCACUAUCAGCGUGUGAUCUAUGGGCUUGGGCCCUACAUUGCCGAUUAUGAAGAGCAGGUUCUAUUAGUGUGUAUAGUGCGCUCUUGGUGUCCAAGGUGUAUGUCACACCGCAAAAAUUUGGACUCUGAGUCGUUGUGUCGCAAUCGUGACCAUACAGAAGCACUUGUUGAAGAAGUAAACUCUACCGAUCUAUGGGACGAGUAUGGGAUCAUCAAUGACCUUGUUCCAUUUACAAAUGACUUCCCUCGAGCUGAUAUUCAUGAACUUAUCGCACUGGACCUCCUACAUCAAUUGAUUAAAGGGACCUUCAAGGAUCAUUUAGUUGAGUGGGUUGGAAAAAUCGCUGCGGUUGCUUCAUUCUCAGGUCUUCGACGUUUUCCACAAGGUCGAGGAUUCAAACAAUGGACCGGCGAUGAUUUGAAAGCGCUUAUGAAGGUUUAUCUACCCGCCAUUGAAGGUCACGUCCCAAUGGAUGUCGUGCGCACGUUUCGUGCAUUUCUUGAAUUCUGCUAUCUCGUACGGCGUAAUAUCAUCAUGGAAUCCACGCUGGUUCAAAUCCAGGAUGCUCUCAACCGAUUCCAUCAUUACAGGAAGAUCUUUGAGUCCACUGGCAUUGUUCUCACAUUCUCCCUCCCUCGACAACACUCUUGUUCCCAUUACAUCCUCCUAAUCCGACUGUUUGGAGCACCCAAUGGCCUUUGUGCCUCGAUCACUGAGACAAAGCACAUCAAAGCCGUAAAGGAACCAUGGAGGCGCUCAAGUCGCUACAAAGUCCUUGGUCAAAUGCUGGUGACAAACCAGCGCCUUGAUAAACUUGCAGCCUCGCGCAUUGAUUUCAAGAGCCGCGGGAUGCUGAAUGGCACUUGUCUGUCAGAAACGCUUCGAGCAUUAAAGCGGUUGCGGUUAAAUACAGAACCUCAUGCCAACCAGCCCGAUCAACCCAAUGAGAAGGGUGAAGUUAUCGACGGCCCAACAUUGGUGCAGGCCCAUGUUCAGUUGGCAAAAACACCCCAACGCAAUCGCGCACGAACUGUACCUGACUUAUCUGCGGAACUCACUAUCCCCCAUCUUUACAACCUCCUCCGCCGAUUCCUAUUCGAACAAGUUAACCCAGAUGACCAGCGGUCUCCCUUUGAAGUCCCGCUUGCAAGUUGUCCUCGAUUCGAUGGCAAGAUUCAAGUCUUCAACUCCGCAUCUUCGACAUUCUAUGCACCUAGCGACCGCAGUGGGAUUGGUGGCAUGUGCCGUGAGCAUAUUCGUGCUUGUCCUCUUUGGAGAAACGAGGCACCGCGAUAUGACUGCGUGUUUGUGAACACAGAUGCAGCACGAGUGAUGUGUUUUUUCUCUUUGACAUUCGAGGCAGUUUCAUACCCAUGCGCUGUGGUGUGUUGGUUUGACAAAGCCGAUGAUAGACCCGACGAGGACACUGGGAUGUGGAUAUUGGAAUCAUCCACAUUGAUUCUAUUUAUCGCAGCUGCACACCUCAUCCCAAUCUAUGGAACACAUACCAUCCCACAGGACCUCAAACACUACGACUCGUAUGAUGCUUUCAAAGCAUUCUAUAUAAACAAGUUUGCAGAUCAUCAUGCAUUUGAGAUCGCAUCUUAG